UUCGAUUGUUGUCCGGCCGAGUGCUUUCAGCCGACGCACACGCGGAGCUCACCGGUUGUUGAUGAGCUCACAUGUUGCUGUUCGGUAGACAGAGAACAUUCCUACACAUGUAGCUGGCAGAUUAACGGAACAACACAGUAUUUAAUCGGGAUGUCGGCGUCGUUGAUCAGAAGAGGCCUGGAGCUGCUGAGCGACGACAUUAAAGAUGUCAGUAAAGGGAAGAAGAAGAAGCAGCAGCAGCAGACUCCCAGUUCAGCCACAGUGAUGGAGCUGGUGAGCACCAAGCGACAGGGAGUCACCAAGCAGGUCAAGAGGCUGCAGGGCCGCCUCGGUCCUGGGAAGAGCAAAGCCACUGUCAAAGACAAGAGGAUCAAAUCUGCAGUGGAGGAGUUCAGGAAGAAGCAGGGGAAGAGCCAGCUGAAUGCUAAUCUCAAGUACUUCAUGGGAACUGGCUUCAAAGCAACGGAUUCUGAUACGCUGAAGAUUGUGAACCAACUCCCGGGACGACAGUCCAGAAAUCGCCCGGACAGACCCGCCAAGAAGGCGAAGGAGACGCAGUCUUUGUUCACCGAGGAGGAGUUCCAACAGUUCCAGAAGGAAUACUUUGGCAGGACUGUCGAGGAGAAGAAAUAAAACACAGAUAUGCAAAGACACUGCAGCCACAGGCGAAGCUCCUGUUGUUGAGGUUUUAGUUUCUCAAUACACACCGAACAGUCAGGAUCGUUGUUUCUUGGUUUUCCUUUAAUGUGCACAAAAUCGUUUUACUGCAGCAGAAGAGACAGUCACAGGUCUGCGUUUUCUGAAUCAAAGUGCAUCUAAAUAUGUUCUGGAAGUUGGUUUCCCUUCAUACUUACUGCAGACACGUUCGGUUGCAUACAGGAAAUAUGGAGUCUUCAGUGUUUUUCCUGCUAAGAGCUUCAUUAUGACCACAAUGCAUCUGUUGGUUAAAAUUCACCACUUCAUGAAGUAUUUCUGCAAAACUUACUGAAGAUGCUUCAAAUAAGUUCAUUCAGCAAAAGCCGGGCAUAGUUAAACGAUGCAAAACUGAUGUUGUAAUCAUACUUAUGUAGUUUUAUUUUCACACGUUAAAAAUGUUUUUGUCAAAAAAAGAUGCAAAAUUACAAGAAAUUUAUUGAAUUUAUCAAACUUCCUGUUUUCCUGACUGGUUUUUCUAUUAGUUUUCCUCCAAAUGUUUUAAUUAUCUGUACUCUAUGGUUGAGCAGAAGUUCAAACAUGUUUUUCAUUACAACGAAAAUAAAAAUGGUACAUAAUGUU